AUGAGUUCUUCCAACAUUAGAGAUCUUCAACGCGAAUUGGAGAACAAAGCAAACGAUCUAAGCAAACUUCAAAAGGAUAUUGCCAAGAAUCACCAAGUCAGAAAGAAGUACACUAUCCAGCUUGGUGAAAAUGAACUCGUCCUUAAGGAACUGGAUUUAUUGAAAGAAGAUGCAAAUGUUUACAAGUUGAUUGGUCCUGUUCUUGUCAAGCAAGAUUUGGCUGAGGCCAAUGCUAAUGUGCGCAAGAGAAUCGAAUACAUCUCUGCUGAAUUGAAGCGUCUUGAUUCCACUGUUCAAGAUUUGGAAGAGAAGCAGAAUAGCAAGAAAGAAACGAUACUGAAAUUGCAGCAAAAGAUGCAAACUCUUCAGGCUGGUAAAGGAAAGGCAUAG